GCCUUCGUAUCUGAACCAUCAUGAUCUCCAAAACGCUGUCUCUUGCCGCCCGUGUCACUAUCCAAGGUCAUGUCCGAAGCAGAUGAGGUCUCCGUUAGCCUUGUUGCAUCCAGUGUCUGCUUGUCGACAGCCAUCCUUCUUCUAGCAUCCGCUGAAGCUGCUCGACGAAUCAUCAACGACGACGCCCAACGCGUAACAUCUCCCAAGAACGAUUUCACUGAAGCCAGUGGACCUUUUUCUGGCGACCACGUUGUGGAUAUCUCAACAACCAACUCGUUACUCGGCCUUCGAUAUACCACCUCAGCCGUCUUCGUCGUUUGGCGCUCCUACCAAAGGCCUAUCGACGAUUGAUUCCGACACCACCCCCACAGCCCGCGAUGAGGACUUAGUCAAGGACAUCUUCUCAGACGGUGUUUUAGGCAACACAAGCCUUGAGUUGC